AAGAGCACCCGGGCCCCAGACGCCGCGGACACCCGGAGAGGCAGUUCCGGCGCCCUGACUCCCUCGGCCCCCAGCGCACUCCUAGACCCCUCUGCAGAGGAGUCGCAGCGUGAGCGCCCCUCGGCCCACUCAGGACCAGUUCACAGGACUAAGGACCAAAGGCAUUCCCGGAACUGAGAUCCUCCAUUUCUACCCACAGCCAUGAGCCGGCGUGUGGUUCGGCAGAGCAAGUUCCGCCAUGUGUUUGGGCAGGCGGCAAAGGCUGACCAAUCCUAUGAGGAUAUCCGUGUGUCCAAGGUCACAUGGGACAGCUCCUUCUGUGCCGUCAACCCCAAAUUCCUGGCCAUUAUUGUGGAGGCAGGAGGUGGAGGUGCCUUCAUUGUCCUGCCUCUGGCCAAGACAGGACGAAUGGAUAAGAACUACCCGCUGGUCACCGGGCACACUGCCCCUGUGUUGGACAUCGACUGGUGCCCACACAAUGACAACGUCAUUGCCAGUGCCUCAGAUGACACCACGGUCAUGGUGUGGCAGGUUCCAGACUACACCCCAGUGCGCAACAUUACAGAACCCAUCAUUACACUUGAGGGACACUCCAAACGUGUGGGCAUCCUCUCCUGGCACCCCACGGCCCGGAAUGUCCUGCUCAGUGCAGGUGGUGACAAUGUGAUCAUCAUCUGGAAUGUGGGCACGGGGGAGGUGCUCCUGAGUCUAGACGACAUGCACCCAGAUGUCAUCCACAGCGUGUGCUGGAACAGCAACGGCAGCCUGCUAGCCACCACCUGCAAGGACAAGACCCUGCGCAUUAUCGACCCCCGCAAGGGCCAGGUGGUGGCGGAGCGAGCCCGGCCUCACGAGGGCGCCCGCCCGCUGCGGGCCGUCUUCACGGCGGACGGGAAGCUACUGAGCACCGGCUUCAGCAGGAUGAGUGAGCGGCAACUCGCGCUCUGGGACCCGGAGAGGUUUGCGGCCCACGAGGGAAUGAGGCCCAUGCGGGCCGUCUUCACGCGCCAGGGUCAUAUCUUCACCACAGGCUUCACCCGCAUGAGCCAGCGAGAGCUGGGCCUGUGGGACCCGAACAACUUUGAGGAACCAGUAGCGCUGCAGGAGAUGGACACAAGCAACGGGGUCCUACUGCCCUUCUACGACCCCGACUCCAGCAUCGUCUACCUAUGCGGCAAGGGCGACAGCAGCAUUCGGUACUUUGAGAUUACAGAUGAACCACCUUUCGUGCAUUACCUGAACACGUUCAGCAGCAAGGAGCCUCAGAGGGGCAUGGGUUUCAUGCCCAAGCGAGGGCUGGACGUCAGCAAGUGUGAGAUCGCCCGGUUCUACAAGUUGCACGAAAGAAAAUGUGAGCCCAUCAUCAUGACUGUGCCCCGCAAGUCAGACCUGUUUCAGGACGACCUGUACCCAGAUACUCCGGGCCCCGAGCCGGCCCUAGAAGCGGACGAAUGGCUAUCCGGCCAGGACGCCGAACCCGUGCUCAUCUCGCUGAGGGACGGUUACGUGCCUCCCAAGCACCGCGAGCUCCGGGUCACCAAACGCAAUAUACUGGACGUGCGCCCUCCCUCCGGUCCCCGCCGCAGCCAGUCUGCCAGCGACGCCCCCUUGUCGCAGCACACUCUGGAGACGCUGCUGGAUGAGAUCAAGGCCCUUCGCGAGCAGGUGCAGGCCCAGGAGCAGCGCAUCACGGCUCUGGAGAACAUGCUGUGCGAGCUGGUGGACGGCACGGACUAGCGCGGCGCGCUGGGUGCAGCUCCGAGCCUGGGGAGCA